AUGUACCAGGGAUCCAGCCCUGACCACGACGCGUCAUCCAGCUGUAGCGGGGACAGCCCUGCGCGCGGCGGCCAGCCUCCUCCUCCCGGCUCGCUCUCGAGCGCAUCCUCAAUGGACAGCCUCAACCAGGACCCCGACUCGAGUGACUCCUUUGUUCCGACGGUGACCGCGAUCUCCACGUCUCCCGAUCUGAGGUGGAUGGUGCAGACCACCACCACCUCCUCCACCCAUUCUCCCUCCCGCGGAGGUGCACGAGCCAAAGCCCGCUCGAAGGAGCACACCGGCGGGAAGAAGGGGAAGAAAGACCAGCCUUCCAAGGAGGAGGAUGAGAGGAGGAAGAUCCGGAGGGAGAGGAACAAGAUUGCCGCAGCAAAGUGUCGUAACAGACGAAGGGAGCUCACGGACACGCUGCAGGCGGAAACCGACGUGCUUGAGGAAGAGAAAGCGGCGCUGCAGACGGAAAUAGCCGAUCUCAUCAAAGAGAAAGCGCGCCUCGAGCAGGUGCUCGCCUCUCACGAGCCCGGGUGCGAGGAGGAGGGUGAAGACGAGGAUGAUGAUGGGGGUGAUGACGACGACGACGUGAGUCCCAUGCAGCAGGAGCCCCCGGCGUCUCCGCCCCCGACCCCGCUGCUCUCCCUGGGGCCCGAGGGCGAGAGCCUCUCCGAGGGGCCCGGCGAGGGAGAGGGCGGCCCCCCGCUGGGCCCCCCCCAGGACCUGGACCCCCCGCCGCCCCCCUGCGCCGCCGCCGCCAUCCUGGGGAACUCCGACAUCCUGCUCUGCUCCAGCGCCGAAGAGGAGGAGGAGGAGCCUCAGGAGGAGGAGGGGGAGGAGCCGGAGCCGCUUGAGGACCUGAAGGUGGACGACCUGGACGACUUGGUGCCCAGCCUGGAGAUGAGCGCCCCAGAGGAGGAAGAAGGGGUGGGGGGCGGGGGGGGCGUGUCGCUGGGGUCUGUGGGCGCGUCGGUGCCGGACAUCGACCUGGGCGGCGCCUUCGGGCUCCCGGACUGGGAGACCCUGUACCGGUCCGUGGCUCAGGACCUGGAGGCCCUGGGGACCCCCCUGGUGUCCUCCAGCCCCACCUGUGGCUACCGCUCCGUGUUCUCCUUCAGCGGGGCCGAGAUAGACUCCCUGCAGGCGGAGGACGACAGCCUGGCCCUCAGGGGCCCUGCUGGGGGAGGUCUCGGCGCCGGGGGCCCCGAGUUCACCAAGGAUAGCCUGAACUCUCCCACACUGCUGGCCCUGUGA